AUGCUUCUUUUACUUAUUUUGAACUCUGCUAGCCACGUUACAGUUGAUGGACACUUGCACGAAGAAGAUUCAGGGAUAGAUGGUACUCUAUGCGAUGUGAACGAGGACAUAUUGCGAGGUCCAGAAAAUGCAGAUGUUUUCAUGAAGGAAAUAUGGUCGGAUGACAAUGAAGAUUUCCUGCUGCCUCUGAUUCCUUGUUCCAACGAUGAUGUGGAGAUUGAAAAAGAGACAGGGAUGUCAACUGAUCGCAAACCAAGUGUAACGAAAGAUCCCGCAAUUCAUGCUGCAAACAUGAGGAUGCAAUCAUCCAUACAUGCUCAGCUCAAACGGUUUGGGGAAGAAAACGCGUCUCUGCGUAUGAUAACGAGGUACCUGAUCGAGGAGCGCAAGGAGCUUGUUCGCAAGGCCGACGAGGCAGCCAAGAGGAAUCAAAACCUGAACAGUCUGAUCAAGAUCAUUCGUUGGAGAAUUGGAGGCUCUUUUGACAUGGAACGGAGUGACUCGACAAAAACAGGCGUCUAG